ACCGCCAGUCCACGCAGGCGCACUGGCUCCCUCUGUGUCAAACAUGGCUGUGCUUUUGAAGAAAGAAAAAUGCUGAAUUGUGUUGCAGAAUUUCGCCAAAAGAGGAAACAAUGGCUAGACUGGCUGAUUAUUUCAUAGUGGUGGGAUACGACCAGGAUAAGGCUGGAUCCGGUGAAGGAUGUGGCAAGAUCAUUCAACGCUUCCCCAGAAAGGACUGGGAUGGCACGGCAUUUCCCCAGGGUGUGGAGAUGUUCUGCCAGCCUGGUGGAUGGAGACUGUCCCGUGAGAGGAAGCCCCCGACAUUCUUCACAGUGGUGCUGACAGACAUAGACUCGGAACGACACUUCUGCUCCUGUCUGACCUUCUUUGAGGCAGAGGUUAACCUGCAGGGCUCAAAGACGCUGGAGGCAGAUGGGGAUGGAGCUGAGGAUGUGGAUGAGGAAGAGGAGGAGGAUGGUUUGAUCCAGCCAGCUCAAAUCUUUGCACCCAAAAGUUUGAUUCUCGUCUCCAGGCUGGAUUACCCCGAAAUAUUUAGGGGCUGCUUGGGUCUGAUCUACACCGUGUACAUCGACAGUCUGAGCUUCCCUUUGGAAGGGCUGGUGGCAAACCUCUUCACAUGCUUGGUCCCGGUGGCAGGAGGUUCCCAGAAGCUCUUUUCACUGGGAGCGGGGGACCGGCAGCUCAUCCAGACCCCACUCAAUGACACUCUGCCAGUCAGCGGGAAAAGUGUAGCACUCCUCUUCCAGCAAUUAGGAAUCCAGAAUGUUCUUAGUCUCUUCUGUGCGGUUCUGACAGAGCACAAGGUUUUGUUCCACUCUUCCAGCUAUCAGAGACUAGGAGAGGCCUGCCGUGCCUUAGAGUCCCUCAUGUUUCCUCUUAAGUACAGCUACCCCUACAUUCCCGUCCUCCCAUCUCGACUGCUGGAGGUGUUGAGCUCGCCUACGCCCUUUAUCAUCGGCGUGCACUCCAUGUUCCAGAGCGAGAUCCAAGAGUUGCUCGAUGUGAUCAUUGCUGACCUUGACGGAGGAACAAUUAAAAUACCGGAGUGUAUACACCUCUCCCAGCUCCCUGAACCCCUGUUGCACAAUACUCAAAAAGCACUAUCCAUGGUUUUGCACCCAGAUCUGGAAGGAGCAGAUAAUGCCUUCCCACCCCCUCGUUCUGCUCCAUCCAACCUCAAACUGCUGGAUAAGGAGGUGAGGGCGGUCUUCCUGCGCUUGUUUGCACAACUCUUCCAGGGCUACAGGUCCUGUCUGCAGCUCAUUCGCAUCCAUUCCGAACCAGUGAUUCACUUUCACAAGGCUGCCUUCCUGGGUCAGCGGGGCCUAAUAGAAAAUGACUUCCUGACCAAGGUGUUGGAUGGCAUGGCCUUUGCGGGAUUCGUGUCUGAACGGGGACCUCCAUACAGAGCCUGCGAUCUGUUCGAUGAGCUGGUGGCCUUAGAUGUAGACUGCUUUAAGGACGAAGAGGAGAACCUGAUCAAAUUCCAGAAGCGCUUGAGAGAGCUCUCCGAGCAGCUUUACAAAAACGAGAACCCAAACCCCCACAUGGCCUUCCAGAAAGUGCCUCGGCCCACCGAGGGCUCGCACCUGCGAGUGCAUGUGGUGCCCUUUCCAUUGUUGGAGGAGGAGAGGGUGGAGGACUUGAUACAAGAGGGCCUGGCCAAGCAGCACACCGCCCCUAUCAGUACCCGUCCAGAGAGGAAGUGUGUGGUGCCUGCUGGACCCCCUGUGGUGUCUAUCAUGGGCAAGCCCACCUCGGUUUUUAACAGCGCUCGCAGACUGGAGGUGGUCCGGACGUGCAUCGGUUUCAUCUUCGACAACAAGACUCUGGAGACAGAGAAGACACUCCCUGCGGCUCUUCGGGCCCUUAAAGGCAAAGCAGCACGCCAGUGCCUGACCGAAGAGCUCAGCCACCACGUGCAGCAGAACCGUGCUAUCCUGGACCACCAACAGUUUGAUCAUAUCGUUCGCAUGAUGAACUGCGCUCUGCAGGACUGCUCCACCUCAGAGGAAUACACUGUAGCCACUGCAUUGCUGCCCCUGACAACGGCCUUCUACCGGAAACUGGCAGCUGGCGUGGACCAGUUCGCCUACACCUGCGUACAAGACCAUCCCAUCUGGACCAAUCAGCAGUUCUGGGAGGCCACCUUCUACUCUGAGGUGCAAAACCAGAUCAGAGCGCUUUACCUCACCGCCCCUGAGGAAAAACAACUCAUCACUGCCAAGAUCAAGGAGCAGAGUACAUUGUCCACAGCAUCCAGUGAGUCAGAACGAACUGCUAUGGACCUUGCAGCAGAGCAGCUGCGUGCUUGGCCCGGUCUGAGCAAAGAGAAGCAGCUGGAGCUGGUGAAGAACGAGGAGAGCACAGUGUUCAGCCAGGCCAUCCACUACGCCAGUCUGAUGGUCUACUUGCUUGUACCGCUGGACACAAGCAAAAACAAACUCCUGCGCUCCGCGCCUGCAGCUGACUGGGAGAGCGGCAGUAACAGCAUCCUCACAAACAGUAUUGCAGGGAGUGUGGCCGAGAGCUUUGACACUGAGAGCGGAUUUGAAGACUCUGAGACCAGUGAUGUUGCCAACUCUGUGGGGAGAUUCAUCUCUCGUUUCAUUGACAAAGUGUGCACAGAGAGUGGAGUGACGCAGGAUCAUAUCAAGAGUCUGCAUAGUAUGAUUCCAGGUCUUGUGGCAAUGCAGAUGGAGACUUUAGAGGCUGUUCAUAGAGAAAGCAGAAGACUGCCUCCCAUUCAGAAGCCCAAGAUCUUGCGGCCUGCCCUGCUGCCUGGAGAGGAGCUGGUGUCCGAGGGGCUACGGGUGGUUUUAGACCCUGAUGGUCGAGAGGAGGCCACCGGGGGCCUUCUGGGGGGACCGCACAUCCUGCCAGCAGAGGGAGCACUUUUCAUCACCACAUACCGUAUUGUUUUCAAAGGCACUCCUCACGACCCACUAGUUGGCGAACAGGCCGUGAUCAGGAGUUUUCCGGUAUCCACUCUAACUAAGGAGAAAAAGAUCACCAUUCAGAACCAGCUACAGCAAAACAUGCAGGAGGGGCUUCAGCUGAGAUCUGCCUCUUUCCAGCUAAUUAAGGUGGCGUUUGAUGAGGAGGUGAGCUCAGAGAUGGUAGAGAUCUUCAGGAAACACCUGCAGCGGAUACGCUACCCACCAUCCAUCUUCAGCACAUUUGCCUUUGCAGCAGGACAGACAGCACCGCAGCUCAUAUUACCCAAGCAGAAAGAGAGAAACACGGGCUUACGAACACUAUCGAAGUCCAUUGUGAAGGGGGCUAAGAGGGCAGGCAAGAUCACAAUGGGCCGCCAGUCCACUCUGAAGAAAAACGAAAAGGGCAGUCGCAUGACGUGGCACGAGGAUGAUGACAUCUCCAGUAAGUAUAGGUCACAAAGCUGGAAAAAUGUUCUAUCUCAGCAGUCAUGGCUCAUUCAGUUGUGUAAUGUUGAUGUUUUAGUCUCAGAUGAUGGUGAGCCCCCUGCCAGCAGCACACUGAAGGCCUCAGAGAAGUCCACUAUGGAGCAGUUAGUGGAGCGAGCGUGUUUUCGUGACUACCAGAGGAUGGGCCUGGGUACCAUUAGUUCCACAAGGUCUAAAAGCGGAGAGCAAUUCCGUGUCACGGCAGUCAACAGGCUCUACUCAUUGUGUCGCAGUUACCCUGGUCUCCUGGUGGUGCCUCACACUGUGCAAGACAGCAGUCUACAUAAGGUGUCCCGCUGCUACCGGCACAACCGCCUGCCAGUCGUGUGUUGGAAACACCCUCGCUCCAAAGCGGUUUUACUCCGUUCGGGUGGUUUUCACAGCAAGAGCGUGGUUGGACUUUUCAAGUCUCAGAACCCUUCUUCAGCAGCUCCAGCUUCCUCAGAGACCUCCAGCAGUCUGGAACAAGAGAAAUACUUGCAGGCCAUCCUCAGUUCCAUCCCCAUCUACUUCAAACCCAACGGCAGCAACACCCUCACCAAUCGCUCCCUCAUCGGCUUGUCCCCAGCAAGCGAAAGAAGGGCAUCAAGAAUACCAAAGAUGGCCCCUGUCCAUUUGGACAUUUCCUUCACCAAUAGCUUCACCAGAGGAGUACUCGGGUACAGGGAUAAACUAUUCACUCACUCAAACCAAAAAGCUUCAGCUAAGGGAAGAAUUCACAAUCAAGGCGUGUGGGCCAGUCUGCGCUCCAGCAGCAGAUUCAUCCAGCAUCCCGCUGCUGCCGACGUGGGCGCGCGAUUGGCUGGCAAGGAUCUGGCGCCCCCUACAGGCAUAGAGAACCUCCAGGCCCAACUCCUCAAACAUCAAGCCGCUCUCUACAUCUUUGGCGAAAAGUCUCACCUCAGGGGCUUAAGACUAGACUCAGCACUGAACUGUGAACUGGUGCCAGUAGAGUUUGCAGACACAAGACAGGUGAAAGGCUCCUUCAAGAAGCUUCUGAGGGCAUGUGCACCCAGUUCCAUGUCCUCAGACACAGAAGACUCGUUCCUUAAGGCUCUAGAGGAGAGCGAAUGGAUGCUACAGCUACACAAGCUGCUGCAGCUGGCUCUGGUUGUGGUGGAGUUGCUGGACAGCGGAUCAUCUGUACUAGUUAGUCUUGAGGACGGCUGGGACAUUACCACUCAGGUGGUUUCCCUUGCGCAGGUGCUCAGUGAUCCAUUCUACAGGACCUUAGAGGGGUUUCAGGUGCUUUUGGAGAAAGAGUGGCUGUCUUUUGGCCACAAAUUCAGCCAGCGUGGCAACCUGACCCCCAGCAGCCAGGGCAGUGGCUUCACUCCCAUCUUCCUCCAGUUUCUUGACUGUGUCCACCAGGUUCAUAACCAGUACCCCCUUGAGUUUGAGUUUAAUCAAUACUAUCUGAAGUUUCUGGCAUACCACUACGUCUCCAAUCGCUUCAAAAACUUCCUUCUGGACUCGGACUACGAGCGCCUGGAGCACGGCACAUUGUUUGAAGACAAAGGAGAAAAGCAGUCCAAGAGAGGAAUCUGCAUCUGGGAGUCUAUCAAUCGAAUGCACCGCAAGAGCCCUGUCUUCUUCAACUACCUGUACAGUCCCUCGGAGACAGAGGCCGUUUUGAAACCACUGAUUUCGAUUCCCAAUCUGACGACAUGGGAGUUCUACACAGGGGAGACGCUGUCCACAGGCCCCUCUUAUGACUGGUGUAUGCUGGCUGUGCGCUCACAGAGCACGGAAGAGUCAGACACCAUCGCCACCACCAAGAGGAGGAUCGUCUGGCCAUGUUACAGCAGUGUCAGCCGUGCCCAGCCUGAUGCCAUCACCAAACUCUUGGCUGAAAUUGAGAGGCUGGAGGGAGAACUGGGACAGCCGUCUGAGCCCUGGCACACCACGCUGGAGAAGGUGCGAGACAGCAUCCAAGAAGACCUCAAACAAGAGGGCAAUCUGCACAAGCAGUCAGUGUCCAUCUCUGGUUUGGUCCCCACCUCCAACAUACAGGCCUAUCAGCGACACUCCAUGUUACAUCUACCUGACAGCGGCCUCGGAGAGGACAGCAGCCCCACUGCAGUCAAUGGGGUUAAUCGCAGAGCAGCCACGCUGUACAAUCAGUUUACUCCAAAGAAUGAAGACAAUAGAUCAUUUGAGGGAAUCCUGUACAAGCGAGGGGCAUUACUUAAAGCUUGGAAAGCUAGGUGGUUUGUUCUGGACAUAACAAAACAUCAGCUGAGGUAUUACGAGACAGAUGAGGACACAAGCUGUCGUGGCUUCAUUGACCUGGCUGAAGUGGAAUCUGUCCUGAUCGCCACACCAACUAUAGGAGCCCCCAAACACAUCAGUGAAAAGGCUUUCUUUGAUCUGAAGACCACUAAACGGGUGUACAACUUCUGUGCAGCAGAUGCUCAGAAUGCCCAGCUCUGGAUUGAUAAGAUCCAGAGCUGCAUCUCAGAUGCAUGAAGCCUUUUUCUUCAACAUGACUCAUCAGCACCACCUCUCACUGCAGGGAGACUCACUGUGCAAUUAGUAGGACCGUAGUAAAACCUUCAGUGCCUGUCAAAAAUCCAAAAGACUCCUGAGAAACACUGCACCUGAGCAGUGAUGUACAAAAACACUGCCCUAUUCGCUAGUCUGUGGAGCUGCAUCCCCCACUACCUGCGCUCAAAAACUUGAUCCUGAGCUUCUGUUCAGGUGACUGGUGAAAAAGAUGCAAUGCACUACCCUUGACUGACAUUCGCUGAACAAACUGCUACAUGCAACUAAGACAAAGCAAUAGCACUAAUCUUAAACUCGGGGGUCAAUAUAGUAGUGACGAGAGGUGUGUUCUGCAAUAAAAAACAAAAAUACUGUUGCUGCUGUUAAAAUGCAAAACAACCACCAAAAUCUGACAACUGUUUAGAAAGAUGCACAAUGUGUAAAAGGCGAACGAUUUGCACUUAAUGAUAUGCACUCCGUACAAAACAGAUUUUUAAUGACUAGAACAACUAGGCUAAAGGCAUUAUGUUUUAACUGCAUAUAAAAGCUUGGAACAGACAACAUUAUGCUCUAGUGUGCAAAGUAUUUUUAUAUAUAUUUGCAAAAAAGUUUUCUUUUUUUUUUUCAGUAUGAAUGUUAUACUCAUGCAUAACAAGAGUUGUUGUUCUGUAAAUUAUUUUUCAAACAUUAAAAGUGUCACCUGUGUGUUUUUGUUCAAUGGAGAGUCUUAUGUACAGAUAUUACAAUUCCAGCUUUUUAUAUUCUGCUGACUAUGCUGUUAAAUAUGUUUUUCUAACCUUUUAGUCUAACUUGAAAUAAACACUCAUAUUUAUACUUAAUUACAGACAAUUUACGGACCAAGAAAAGCACUUCUUGCCUGAGAUGGUUAUAAAUAAGCCGUUUUGUUCGAAAUGAAGGGAAGAACACUAUAUUUCUCCAUUCUCUGUGAGGUUACAUGUGAUGUUGAUGGCUUUUCGAGACACUAUGGUUUUAUCCAUUUGUUUUGGUAGCGUAUCUGUAAAGUUUUAAGAAACAUUAAAAAAUAUCAGACCACAUGUCUGUUACUGAACCUAAAAUGACGUUACUGUAUGUACAAUACCUUGUGGUGCCACUAAUGUUUCUGGUUUGUUUACUGUUUUUGGUUAUGUUACAUUUUGGGUUUUGCUUUUAUUUGAAAUAAAUCUAGACAAGUUGAAUUAC